CUCCUGCCCGUGUCUGCCUCUCUGCCCCCACGGGGGUUUAUUUGAUCUCACAUUAACCAAGGAGGAGAAUGUGAGAAAAGGGGGAAAAUGCCCAGGAGGAAGCAGGAGCAGCCCAAGCGCCUUCCCUCACAUGUUAGUAGGCAGGACGAGGCGGAGGGCGAACUCAGUGAAGGAGAGCCCUGGUAUGGAAACUCCUCCGAGACUCCGUCCGAAGCAUCCUAUGGCGAAGUCCAGGAGAACUAUAAGUUGUCCCUGGAGGACCGGAUCCAGGAGCAGUCCACGUCCCCCGACACCUCCUUGGGAAGUGCCACUCCCAGCAGCCACACGUUGGAGCUGGUGGCGCUCGACGGGGACGUCCUGCGAGACUCACUGCAGGGCCAGGACCACCUCUCCCCCGGCCUGUCCUCUUUGUGUGAAGACGACUCCCCGGGCUCCACGAAACCUUUGAGCAGCAACUUGAGGCGGCUGCUGGAGGCCGGGUCCCUCAAACUCGACGCCACAGCCACGGCCAAUGGCAGGGUGGAGUCCCCGGUGAACGUACAUUCAGGUUUUCUGGGGAAAGACAUUCCAGAUGGAAUAUUUUGA